AUUAGAUGAUGGAAAAGGAGGGAGUAAAAAGACCAAAGAUUAGAAAGAAGAAAGUACAGAGGGUUUCAGAAGAAGAGCAUGAGCUUGAAGACCAUGCUGACUCCUAUUCGAAGGAUUCAAUGGAAGCAGAGGCUGAAAAAUACAUGCCUAAGAAGAAAAAUCUACAAAUUGAAGUCAUUGAGCAUCCUGAAGCCAAUAGCAAGCCCGAACAAAUUGCUAAAGGCGAUGGAUCGGUGGUUGAUACUGAUCCUAACCAGUAUAGCGAGCAAGAGCCGGAUUAUCGUAGAGGCACAGGCAAUGAGGAGUUUGAAGGGGAAUAUGAGGAAGAAGAGGAAGAAGCAGAACCUCAACAAAACCAUGAACAACACAGAUAUAAGAGUUUUGGUGACCAAACCCCUCAUUCUGAUGAAGAGCACGAGAUUGAGGAACCUGAGCAUAGAAAAUUUGAUCAAGAAGGCCUCAAUUCUAAAAUCUCGAAUAAUUUAAUGCAGGAAUUCAUGCAGAAUAAGGAGGAAUUUAAUAAGACAACAAAGCUCUCAAAACAAGACCAACAACCAAGCUUUGAAGGAAACGAUCAAUAUACUGAAGAGAUCGAACAGACAGAAGAAAGCAAAAUCGACGAUGAUUUAGUAGAAAGACAAGCUCGUGAAGCAGAAGAACUGCUUGAAGAGGCUCAAAAGACAAUGCAAGAAGAGGAGCAAGACCCUUCCGAAGAGGAGGAAGGAGAGGAAGAUGAAAUUGAAGACAUUGCUAAAAAGGCUAAAGAAAAUCGAAUUUAUGAACUCAACCCUGAAGAAGAGGAGGAAGAGGAUGAAGAUAAUAAGGAGAACUAUGAUGGAACCACGAAGUUUGAGCUAAAUUAUACAGUUGGGCGAAUAGAAGAUGGAUCAGCAAUCUUGAUUUCAAAAGACCAUAACCUUAUUGAAAUUCCUCUAUGACUUCUACCAAGCGAUAUUGGGCCAGACCGGAAUUUCAAAGCCGAAAAGAAAAGAGUCGACGAAAUCCUGUCAAUCCAAAAACAAAUUUUAGAAAUUCCAGACUUUUAGGACCCAUGUAGACUUUUACUUCAAUUAAACAUUA